CUCUCUCGUGCGGCAACUGGGCUAUUGGCGACCGCCAACGCCGACGAUUACAUUUACACCAAGUGCCCAAGCCGUCUUCGACUACACCAGGUGCCAAGUUUUCUUCGCGUCCUUCACCCGCGACGAGCACCCACCAGGCAUAGAGAGAGAUGGCAAGUCUAACCGGCCUCACCGCGAACCCUAAUCCGAACAAGUCAUUCGAGAUACUGCCGAACCCAGGUGACUCUGUCUCCAGCCUCAGCUUUAGUCCCAAGAGUAAUCUGCUUGUGGCAACCUCCUGGGAUAACCAGGUGAGGUGCUGGGAGAUUGUUGGUGGUAACAGUCAGCCAAAGGCGUCCAUUUCUCAUGAUCAGCCGGUUCUCUGCUCGGCUUGGAAGGAUGAUGGAACUACUGUCUUCUCUGGAGGCUGUGACAAGCAGGUCAAAAUGUGGCCUCUUCUGUCAGGUGGGCAGCCUCAGACGGUUGCUAUGCAUGAUGCCCCUGUCAAGGAGGUCGCCUGGAUUCCUCAGAUGAAUCUUCUUGUAUCCGGAAGCUGGGAUAAGACUUUAAGGUACUGGGAUACAAGGCAAUCAAAUCCUGUGCAUAUUCAGCAACUUCCUGAACGUUGCUAUGCUCUUACUGUGAAUUAUCCCCUUAUGAUUGUUGGAACUGCUGACCGUCAUCUUGUUGUCUUCAAUUUGCAGAAUCCUCAGACGGAGUUCAAGCGAAUCCAAUCACCACUAAAAUACCAGACACGGUGCCUUGCUGCAUUCCCUGAUCAACAAGGGUUUUUGGUUGGUUCAAUAGAAGGAAGAGUUGGCGUUCAUCAUAUCGAUGACGCACAGCAAAGCAAAAACUUCACAUUCAAAUGCCACAGGGAAGGAAAUGAUAUAUUCUCUGUCAAUUCACUCAACUUCCACCCUGUCCAUCACACAUUUGCAACUGCUGGAUCUGACGGUGCUUUCAACUUCUGGGAUAAGGAUAGCAAGCAGAGGCUAAAGGCUUUUAGUAGAUGCCCCCUUCCCAUUCCUUGCAGUACCUUCAACAGUGAUGGUUCCAUAUUUGCUUAUGCGGUUUGCUAUGACUGGAGCCGUGGGGCCGAAAAUCACAACCCUGCAGCUGCAAAGACAUCCAUCUAUCUCCACAGUCCACAGGAAACCGAGGUCAAAGGAAAGCCGCGCAUUGCAACAGGCAGGAAGUGAUUGCAUUGAAGGUGUUGCAAGGAACCAUGAUGUCAUCCAGCAGUUUUGUCAUGCCUCCCUCCUGUCUUGGAAGUCUGGUAGAGUGUAAAUUUCAGCUAACUUAUGCGCCGAUUAUAGGGUUUCUGUAGUACCUGGUGUUUGUGGUGUCUUCAAAAUAGAUUCUGUCGACGUUCUGUGAUGAUCUCCUUACUGCUUAUUUCUGGCAGUAAAAUCAGUGUAUCUUAAAAAGGUUGUGAUGUA